AAGCUUUGUGGUGAGGUACAGUAGUUAGCUGUCGUCCAGAUCAACAAGCCACUAUUUUGGAAGCAGUUUGAUAAACACUGACUGUUCCUCAGUUUGUCAGUCGCUAUCUGCGUUUCCAGCGAGACGUGUCACGCGUGAUCAGCGAUAAACCAGCACAAAACUAGCCAGCCACACAACCCUGAACCGAAAAGGUUGGCUCACAUCGUCGGGGUUUAACUUUAAGACAGCUAGCUCGCUUUUCUAUCCAUUUCACACCAGGCAAGUCUGUGACAGCUAAAAAAAAAAAAGCCAACGUUAUUUGUUUUUUACUGGCUGAAUAUUUUACAACCGAGCUAACAAAAACUUUUCAUCGGUAAUCUGGCAACUUGUCACGAGCGUUAACGUCAGCCAACUUCAUUUUUUUUUUUUUUUUGCCAAACAGAACAACACUCGGCUUGUUUUUAUAUGUCAGAACAACCAUUGGUUUUGUUUUUGUCGAAGAACUACACAGAAAACCAGCCGAUAUUUAGCAAACAGUUAGCUUAAUAACGAGGGCAAAGCCACCUUAGCUGUUGAAGAAGUGUUAGCGUCAGCCUUGACUAGCCAGCUAACACCAAACCCAUAACGUUACCUGAACCAUUUAACAAGCAUCAAGGAGGAGACUAGUUGGGCUUUUAAACCUGCUUGGUGCUGUAUUCACGACCUUUAACUUUUAAAUAGCCCAUUUGACACGCUGCAGGAGUAACUCUUUAACGUUACCUCUCGCCUUUUUAAAAUAAUAACUGACGGAGCAGCAAGCCAGCUGAGUGUGAGACGGUGAGCCAGUGGUAGGACCUGAAGCAGGUUGUGUACAUCCACGGAAUCCCUCAUCGGAUUGUUAUAUUAUCAGUGUUAUUGUUGAAAAUGGCGGCGAUCGGACUGGUGCAGAUGUUGAUCGAAGCAGCCGAGUUCCUUGAUCGCAGGGAAAGAGAAGCUGAACAUGGCUAUGCCUCCAUGCCACCCUUCAUCAGCAACCGGGAGAGGGAAAGCUUGAAAAGGAAAAGCAAGAGCAAGAAAAACACAAGUAGCAGGUCUACGCACAAUGAAAUGGAGAAGAACAGACGGGCACAUCUACGGCUGUGUUUAGAGCGCUUGAAAUCCCUUGUUCCCUUGGGACCAGAUGCUAACAGGCACACCACCCUCAGCCUGCUGAUGAAGGCCAAAGAUCAUAUCAAGAGGUUGGAGGAGAGCGAUAGGAGAGCUCAGCACACUGUGGAGCAGCUACAGCGGGAGCAGAGACACCUGAGGAGGCGUCUGGAGCAGCUGGGGGUGGAGAGGACCCGCAUGGACAGUACCGGCUCCACUCGGUCCUCCGACAAGUCCGACUCUGACCAAGAGGACCUGGACGUGGAUGUAGAGGGGACGGACUACCUGCUGGGUGACCUGGAGUGGAGCACCAGCAGUGUGAGCGACUCGGGGGACGAGCGAGGCAGCCUGCGUAGCAGCUGUAGCGACGAGGGCUAUUCCAGCGCCAGCCUGCAGCGCCUGCAGGACACUCAGGAGACGGCCAAGCAGCUGGGCUGCAGCCUAUAGACAGCACUGCUCCCUUACCCAACUCCCACCACCUCCCCGCAGCCAACCCCAACCCAAGAUUGUCUCACCACUCCGAGGUCCCGCUCAGACCUCACCCCCCCUCACCUCACCUCCCCUCUUGUCCCCUUUUGCCCCUGCCCCCCCACCUACCACGACUGACCAAGUCUGAGGCCUCUCCUCCAGCCAGGCCUCUGCGGACUACCUGUCCCCGCGGUGACUUCCAUUCAGACUGCAACACCUCCAAGACGGCCGCCCACAUCCAGCACAUCAUCAGCGGUCAGUCUUUAGGGUGUCACCCGCUCUGCUUUACACCAAUCAAACGAGGAAUUCAAAGACACUCCAACCCUCCGUCAGUCCAUCCGUCCGUCAGAAACACAAUUUUCAGCCAGAGAAUGUUACCACACAAUAUCCCACUGCCUCUUUUUCUAUGCCUCAAGAGCCAUGGGAAGCACUUAUGAGAUUUCACCCUUACUUCACACACACCUACACACACACACACACACACACACACACACACACACACACACACACACACACACACACACACACACACACACACACACACACACACCUUUCCAUCGCUCCUAGUUGUCCAGUGAGACAGAGUCAUCAAAUGGUGUGAAACUGACAUGAUGUGGGGCUUUUUUUGGGCCCUGCUCACCAGUCAACCAUCUGUGCAUGGUAUUUUGCACUUAUAAUUGCUUUUGUAAACAAAAAUGCUGUCUCUUAAAAACAUAAAGCCCCCCCCCCCCACUACAGCUGUUCCACUAAGUGAGCGUUUGAAAACCGUGUCAGUCGUUCUGCCCGUGCUGUACGGCAUAGGAGAGUUUGACACUAAAGUAGACUGUGUGGUGUUAAACCGUCGGGCCGACAGCAAUACGUCCCUUAGUACCCGGGCUUUGGCAGGCAGGCUCAUAACUACCCUGUAAUUUUCUGUCCACACCUGCCAUCCAGAGGGAAAAGUAACACAAAAACAACAAAAAAAAUUGUGCAGCAUGAGAUUGUGAAGUGGGAUAUGGGAGGGUUUUGGGGUUGGGUUUGAUGUUUUCUGCCUCUCUCUGAUGACGGUGGCGUUUUUACAGCAUCCUUUUAUCAUAAUGUGUGUAUGUCACGUCUGAGCCUGGCAACAACAAGGGGUCACUAGCAGGUUUGGAAACUUUUAACACCAGCCACCAGGCCGAAUGCUGGUUUAUUUUUGGCAGGUGCUGGUACAUUUUUGUACUCUACUUCUUCACUGCCCCGUUCACCAGGUAUUAACAGGAAUGGAAGAACCGAUUUACUGAGAGCAGUCGAGAGACUGGAGCACAUUCCAUUAUGUAGAGAGGACAGGCAGGUGAGACAGAGAGCAUUAUUUUUUGGAAGUGGAUGUUCCUGCCAAUUGUUUAUAUAGGGAGAGUCCAGUUUGAGAAGAGCCGAUUCACCCUGAAACAGAACGACUGGCUUUAACUUUUCAGUGGGAACAAAGUGGAGAAAGGCCUGAACCUUUCCCUCUGUUCACAUGUGAAAAGCACUAAAAUGUUAAAACCACAGAUUUUCUCUCCUUUGCCUUGCCUUCAUAGCUAAAAAUGUACAUGUUUUAAUGUAAAUAGUUUACAGAAAGAUCUCUAUGUCUAUCAACAAAUGUAUUUAUUAGAUACAGUAUACUAAAUAUAUAGAUGAAUAUAUAUAAAUAUAUUUAAUUAGUCAUAGCCUAUGUUCUUCUUGUGAGGUUUAUUGAGAGUUUUCUAUGUGUAGUUUGUUUGCACAGCCUAGUCAAUCCAUAGAAUAUUUAGAGACGUCUCUUUGUGCCUCGAGGCUUUGGUGUCUGUUCAGAAUUCGGCACGUUGCUCCUAGAAAUGAAAUGUUUUCUUUGUGGUUUAUCAUUACUUUUUUAGCUGUUUUCAAAGCCAGCUUGCCCUUUAACGGGGAUAAAAGGACAAAAAAAUCUGAAUAAUUUCUUUAAAAAAAUGUGUAUUAAAAAGUAUAAAAGUGAGAGGAGCUGGUGGUCAGGUUGAGGGUGGUCAGGAUUCCUCUGGCGGAGCUGUGUUUGCCCGCUUGCCCGCCCAUCUCCGUGCCUAGGAGCCUCAAACAAAAUGGCUGCUCCGCCUGGUGCAGCCUUUUGUUUUUGGUCUCAAAUGAUCACGGGCAGGGGAGAGGAUUGCAGCUUUUUGAAUGUACAGUGUCCUCCACCCUGCAGUGUAGCAGCACAGCGCCGAAGGAACCUUCCUUCCCCUGCACCCACCACUUGCAACUCUCUGUUAAAGCAUGAAGAUGAGUCAGAAAAAAAGAUAUAGGAUUGUUUAGUCUUUGAGUGUGGAAUGCUGCUUUUUAUUUGUCAUAUUGAAACCCUUUCAAACGGAGAGGAACUGUGUAGCCACGCUAUAAGGGGGGGGACUAAAGGGGAAAUGUAUUGAAAAGUAGGUGUGAGCGGGCAGGUGUGUUCACUGAAAUGCCAUCUGUCGGUGCGUAAACAGUGUGUGAGUGUGUAUGCGUGAGUGUUUAUUUCGUCACUGUCUUCAGAGAGAAUUUUUUUGGGGUGGUAGUGGGUGGGUGGUUCAAACUUAAAAAAAAAAUUGUAAGGCUAUGUUUCUGUUCUGGUUUUCUGUUCAUUUGUUUACUAGUAAAAUGCAAAAAAAGUCCACUUUACAAAGACUUCAUGUAUUAAGCUAAGCAUUAAUAUGUCUAUGGGAGUCCUGUUUCCUCUCCAUCCAUGCCCUGUUGUCUGUCUUCCGCCAAUCGACACAUGUGUGCGUGUGUGUGUGUGUUUCCUGCAUGCAUGUGUGAGCGUGACUCCCUUCUCCACAUGCUGCGUUGGCAUCCGCGGUGCAGGUGAGGCAGGGGGCGUGUGGUGGAGCAGUGUAUGUGUCAAGAAUCACAUGCAGCUAUUGCCCCACCCACCCCACCCUUCCUCCCCUCUAAAAAAGACCCUGGUGCUCUCAGCAUCUGCCUUAAGAAGCAGUUGUGGAAUCUCUCAAAGAACAAGACUACAGUCAGACCAGUUGUUUAAGCUACAGGUUUUAGCAUCAGGGGAAUCUCAUGUUCAUGUGUAUUUGGUUUUUUGCACAUUUUGUCCCCGCAUACAAAGAAGUGGCUGAUAAUGCCUUAAAACAGAAAACACAUGUACAACCUAACAGAAGUAUAUGAUAUGUAUGAGUGUAUAUGAUGUAUCGACAUGUAUCACAAAGGCCAUUCCUUUUCAUUGUGACGGUCUCAGGCGUGGUGCUUUCAUGCAUUACACAAUAAACACACAAACACACAGACACACACCGCGUCAUAGCUCCAUGAACAUCGUUGUCGCCUGCUGCCUUUCGCCUCAGAAAGGUCACAUGUCUGUUUAUUGAACAAUAACUUAAAGGAGGGCGUUUUGUGCACUUACUUUUUAAGAAUUGGAGAAUUUGGACACUGUCUUCUAAAGAAAUCACUUCAAAUGUGUGGGAAAAAAACCUUUGAAAAUGAAUUGUGGAGCAGCAAUUUAUAUUUGCCAUUGAUAUUAAAGGAAUAAAACAUUUGAAACCCUUGUUUACCUACCUA